GCGCCUAAGAUGGCGGCGCGGCGCCGCCUGAUGCGGUCACGGCGCGGCGCCGCGCUGGGGGAAGGCCCCCCCGGCCAUGUCGCGCCUGCUGGCGGCGGUGAGGGGCUGGCGCGGCCUCGCAGUCUGCAAGUCAUGUGUUCUCCGGAGAUUCUCCAUCCAGCCAGCCCAGCAGAAGAAGAUUCCAAACCGAUAUUUGGGCCAGCCCAGCCCCUUCACACACCCACACCUACUUAAACCAGGGGAGGUAACCCCAGGAUUGUCACAGGUGGAAUAUUCUCUUCGCCGGCACAAACUGAUGACAUUGAUCCAGAAGGAAGCCCAAGGUUGGGAAGGAUUGGACCACACAGUGAUUCUGCUAUCCAACCCCGUGUACUACAUGAGCAAUGACAUCCCCUACGUUUUCCACCAAGACACGAACUUCCUGUAUCUCUGUGGGUUCCAGGAGCCUGACAGCAUCCUGGUGCUGCAGAGCCUUCCUGGCAAAGCGCUGCCCUCUCACAAGGCCAUACUUUUUGUGCCCCGGAGAGAUCCAAGCCGAGAGCUGUGGGAUGGGCCCAGGUCAGGCACAGAUGGGGCCAUCGCUCUGACAGGAGUAGAUGAAGCUUACACUAUUGAGGAGUUCGGGCACUUGGUGGCCAAGCUGAAAGGUGAGUCAAACAAGGUGUGGUAUGAUGUGACUAAACCAGUGCAUAAAGAACUGCACAGUGACUAUAUGCAGCCCCUGGCUGAGAUAAAAGCUCGGAGCAAAAAUCACAUCCAAGGCAUUCGGCAUCUAGUGCAAAACCUUCGGCUGAUCAAAUCUCCUGCAGAGAUUGAAAGGAUGAAAAUAGCUGGACGAGUAACAUCAGAGGCUUUCAUAGAGACAAUGUUUGCCAGAAAAUCUCCAGUGGAUGAAGCCUUUCUGUAUGCAAAGUUUGAAUUUGAGUGCCGAGCUCGUGGUGCUGACAUCUUGGCCUACCCCCCUGUUGUUGCUGGUGGCAGUAGAUCAAAUACUUUGCACUAUGUGAAGAACAAUCAGCUCAUUAAGGAUGGUGAAAUGGUCUUGCUAGAUGGUGGAUGUGAGUCCUCCUGCUACGUAAGCGACAUCACACGAACCUGGCCCAUCAAUGGAAGGUUCACCAAACCUCAAGCAGAACUGUACCAGGCUGUCCUGGACAUCCAGAAAUCCUGCCUGAGCCUCUGCUCCCCAGGUGUGAGUCUAGAAAAUAUCUACAGCCUCAUGCUGAGCCUUAUUGGACAGAAGCUGAAAGACUUGGGGAUUCUAAAGAGCAGCAUCACUGACAACCACUUCUUUAAGGCUGUUCGAAGGUACUGCCCACAUCACGUGGGCCAUUACUUGGGCAUGGAUGUUCAUGAUACCCCAGAUAUAUCCCGGUCUGUCCCACUCCAGCCAGGCAUGGUGAUAACCAUUGAACCAGGACUUUAUAUCCCUGAAGAUGAUGUGAGUGCCCCAGAGAGAUUUCGUGGCAUUGGUGUACGCAUUGAGGAUGAUGUUGUGAUAGCAGACGAUUCUCCUCUCAUCUUGUCUGCUGACUGUCCCAAGGAGAUCUAUGAUAUCGAGCAGAUCUGUGGCCGCAGCUCAUGAUGUCCCUCCUCUGCCUCUUGCAUCCUCCUCAGGAGAUGCGUGCCUCCAGGGAUGCAGAUCCCUGUAACUGGCUGCACUUGUCAAAUGAUGGAGAGUGUGGACAGUUGAUGGCUGUUUCCAAAACUGAGGCUGGGAAGCAGAAUGCAAAAGACUCUGGCACUGAGUGCUGAAAAGCAAAGCAACCUUUUCUAUGUGUAUUUUCUUUCUGAUUUGACUAGUGCUGAUGUUGAGCUGUUGCAGAACAUGAGGGUGGAUUCAUCCCUGUGUUAUGUGGGUCCAUCUGUUCUGAUGCCCUUGGAUAGAUGGACUUUGUGAGUGCUACCAGUAGCAGAGCUUUAGUCUGGUUCCUCUACAGAUGCAGUAGUGCAACUGCUGAGACCAGGGUCCUGUUGUUUACCCUUUUGCAGUAGUUACACAAUAGUCAGAAUUUAAAAGUGAAAUUCUGAAAAAUGCUGCUUUUGGAAAAUAAAAUCAUUUCAAACACUUUUGACUUCAGAACCCUGGGCAGAGGGCUUUUGGUAGUUGGGAAGAUGGGUUUGGUUGGGAGGUAGCCUGAAGCUUGUGCAGAAUGCUUUUAUUAUUUUAAGAAUAUCUUUGGGUUUGGUUCAAGCAGAUGCAAACUAAGCUAGCAGCAGAGGAAAACACCUCAUCUAUUCUUUCAGCUUAUUGAAAUGUUUGAGUAGAGAGUACUAACAGAGCUCUGGAGGUUGUUCAUUCUUGUAUUUCACAUUCCAUUCUUUUUAUCACAGAUCUCCAUUCCAGGCUCUUGUUCUGAGCCUGCCACUGCCCCGUGAAGCCGGUAACAUGUUGGCUGUGCCGGGCUCCACUGGCAGGAUGUUGGUUGUCACCUGGAUGUGAGUUGAUCAGUUCUGGGACAGUCACAGCAUCCUUCUGGUUUAUGCUGUGUCAGCCACUUCAGCGGUGCAUUUGUGAAGAAAGCAGCAUGAAGAAUUGCAAGUUUUAUGCCACAUAAUUGAAAUAAUUUGCCUUUUCAGAACACUGAGGGCAUGAGCAUUGCUGGGUUUUAGGUUUUGCCAAAUGCCCUCAGUAAUGAAUGCUUUGUGAUAGUAUUUUUGAGGCAGCUGCAAGUGUGACUUGUGGCUAGGAUGGAUGAGGAUUAAAGAGAAGACUUCCUGUCAGCAACAGCAUAUCACUCAAACCAUUGUAAUGCAACAGUAAACAUACCUGUUUGAGGCAAACAUGCUGUCUGUGUAUUUCAUGAAGCUAUUUUGACAGUCAACUAUUUAACAUCUCAAAAAUGUCUCUAAUAAUGUAUCUCCUGUUACAUAUGUUGUUUUUUUUUCGUAUCAUCUUUAUUUUCCUUUCUAAUUGCAGCUUUAGAUAUUUUUCCUCUCCACUUUUUUUUAGUUCUCUUCCUCUAUUCUCUUGUCUUGAUGCACCAUAAUAUCACAAUUUCCUAACACCCACUUUUCUUCUUAGUGUAUGUCAGUGCCUCUUCCUGUUUGUUCCCAUUUAACUCCCCACAGUAGAUGUAAGCAAUGGUAGGCAGGGUUCCUGAGUUUGACUUCUGGCUCUGUUGCUGUGUAACCUACAGCAAUUUCUUUUUAAUCCCCCCUUUUUUUAAUUUUCCUUUGUUUCAUUUGACUUAGUCAAAUGUUUGAAGGUUUGAAGUUUGAAGGCCAGGCAGUGUCAUGCAUGUCCCAUUGUUUUUAAUGGAAGCAGGGUGCAGCCACCAAGGUGUUAAUCUGGCACUUGAAAGGCAGCCAAGACAUACUGUAAUUUUGUUUUUUAAAUGUGAUCAAAAAUGAAUGCUUUCACAAGGUUUAAUGUAUCAAGUUUCACCUAUAAGGGAAAAUCUACUGAUCUCUGAUGGAAGUUAUUGUUAGAUAUUUGUGCAUCGCAGUGUAAACUGUUAGAAGGGAGGCUUAUCAACUUUUGAUGUCCUUCCAAUCUAACCCAUUUUUCUUCCAUUUGCACCUGUUAGAGCCAUACCAACUGGGAAAUAUCUUGGAUUUUGGAGCUACGUAAGUAGCUGAAAAUACGUGUGUCUGCUGAUGACCACAUCUGCACCUGUGCUUAGUUGCAGAGUUAAUGGCUAGAUGUACUGUAAAUAAGCCUUUGGAAUAUAUAUUAAAAACUGAUUUUAAAAAUAAUGUGUUUUCUAGAAGGUCAUUUAUUGAGCCAUCAAGUU